AUGUUCAAGCUCGGCCGUAGUCGUGCUGUGGCUUCGGCCCUCAACGCCUCAAAGCUCCAGUUUGCUGCCCCUGCCGCUCGAUUCCCCGGCGUUCAACAACGACGAGCUCUGAGCAUUCACGAGUACCUCUCUGCCGACCUCCUCCGACAGUACGGCAUUGGUGUCCCCAAGGGUUCCGUCGCAAAGUCCGCCAAGGAGGCCAAGGAGAUCGCUGAGAAGAUUGGCAACGAUGAUAUGGUUAUCAAGGCCCAGGUCCUUGCCGGUGGCCGAGGAAAGGGUACCUUCGACAACGGCCUGAAGGGCGGUGUCCGUGUCAUCUACUCUCCCCACGAGGCCGAGAUGUUCGCCGAGCAGAUGAUCGGCCACAACCUCAUCACUAAGCAGACGGGCGCUGGCGGCCGUCUCUGCAACGCUGUCUACAUUUGCGAGCGCAAGUUUGCUCGUCGUGAGUUCUACCUCGCCAUCCUCAUGGACCGUCAGAACCAGUGCCCCGUCAUCGUCUCCUCUUCCCAGGGCGGUAUGGACAUUGAGACCGUCGCCAAGGAGACCCCCGAUGCCAUCCACACCAACUACAUCGACAUCAACGUUGGUGUCACCGACGAGGUUGCCCGCGACAUUGCCACUAAGCUUGGCUUCAGCGAGCAGUGCAUCGAGGAGGCCAAGGACACCAUCCAGAAGCUCUACAAGAUCUUCACCGAGAAGGACUCUACCCAGAUUGAGAUCAACCCUCUCUCCGAGACCUCCGACCACAAGGUUCUCUGCAUGGACGCCAAGUUCGGUUUCGACGACAACGCCGAGUUCCGACAGAAGGAUGUCUUUGAGUGGCGCGACACCACCCAGGAGGACCCCGAUGAGGUUCGCGCUGCUGAGUCCAACCUCAACUUCAUCAAGCUUGACGGUGAUAUCGGCUGCCUUGUCAACGGUGCCGGUCUUGCCAUGGCCACCAUGGAUAUCAUCAAGCUGAACGGAGGUCAGCCCGCUAACUUCCUCGACGUUGGUGGUGGUGCCACUCCCGCUGCUAUCCGAGAGGCUUUCGAGCUCAUCACCAGCGAUGCUAAGGUCACCGCUAUCUUUGUCAACAUUUUCGGUGGUAUUGUUCGAUGUGACGCCAUCGCCACUGGUCUCAUCAAGACUGUUGAGAGCAUGAACCUCCGAAUCCCCAUCAUUGCCCGUCUCCAGGGUACCAACGUUGAGCAGGCUCACCAGCUCAUCAACGACUCUGGUCUUAAGAUCUUCUCCAUCGAUGACCUACAAACCGCCGCCGAGAAGGCGGUCCAGCUGUCCAAGGUCGUCAAGAUGGCCCGUGACAUCGAUGUCGGUGUCGAGUUCACCCUCGGUAUCUAA